ACUACAUUGUUUCUACAUAUUUAAUUAAUAUAAAUUAUUUUAAUAUUUGCUUUAAAUAAGCAUUUUACUUUUAACACAAUUUUUGUUAUAUGCACAAUAACAAAUUCCGCUCACGGAUUUGUAAUUUUCGCGUCAAAAUAAGACGAUUUAAAAAAAUUUUAUUUUUGAGGCCUCCUUAGUUGGGGGACCUAAACUAUAUAUUUACCCAAAAUAAAUCCAUGUUGACAAAUAAUAAACUUAUUAAAAGUUGAAAGUUCACAAAUCAGAUGUGUUAAUAUAUUAUAUCAUAAAAUCACAAAAAAGAAUUUAAAUAGUUUCCUCAUAUCUUUCUCUGCCUUUGUCCUGGUAAUAUUCCAGAUUUAUCACUGUUAUUUUUGAUAGCUGCUGUAGACACUAAAUUAUUAGAUGUUCGUGCGAAGAGUUCUUUUUAUUAUCUUUAAUUUUAUUAUCUUCUAAUCUCAUGUAGAUAAAUACAUAUUUAUGUAUAUAUGUAUAUAUAUUCAUACAAUUAGCUAUGAGAGGUUUGUUAUAUCUGCUAAAUCUGAGUAGUGUCGUAUUUAGUGUUAAUAAUGAAACUUUCAGCGAACUUAAACUUUUUAUUUACCGAAGGUGGUAAGCCUUUAUCUGAACGCAUUUUUAUGGCACAUGGCGCUGGGUUUAAUGCUGUAGAAAUACCUUUUCCAAAUUUUGAAUUGGAAGAUGUAUUGCAAGCAAAAGAAUCAACUGGAAUACAAAUCGCACUAAUUAAUAUUAGCUUAGGCGAUUCCAAGUUUGGUAAUGCUAGUAUUCCCAACAACCAAGAAAAAUUUAAGAAUCAACUAAACGAAACAAUUGAAUUUGCUAAGAAAGUGCAAUGUUCAAACUGCUGCUGCAUUGGAUGGGAGUUGCUGGUAUGUCGAUUCCGGAGCAUCACUGCAUAUGUGCAAUAACAAGAACUGGAUGUAUGAUGUAUCCCCAUCAACUAUCAACAAUAUUAAGGUUGCAGACAAUAAAACAGUAGCAGUAAAAGGUAGUGGCAAGGUGGAUUUUCAGAUUAGAACCUCAGAUGGCAUAAUACGGACAAUACAGGUCAGUGAUGUCUUAUAUGUACCCACACUGACAGUUAAUUUACUUUCUGUAAGUCAAAUGGUAAAUAAAGGCUGUGAAGUGAAAUUUGAGAGAGAUAGUUGUCAGAUAUACCAAAAUAAUAAGUUAAUAUUGACAGCAUUGCAUCGCAAAAACAUGUAUAUAUUGAAUAAUGUUUCUGAAGCACCGGCAUUGCUAUCAACAGCAGAUGAGCGAGAUAUAAAUUUAUGGCAUCUAAGAAUGGGCCAUCUCAAUUUCACAGACUUACAGAAGGUAACUAAUAGUGCAGACGGGGUUGAAUUAUCAAAAAAGGUAAUCAAAUUUGCACAACUUGCUUAGAGGGAAAAAUGAGUAGACAACCAUUUAAAAAUACUGGUACUAGGGCUUCAGAAUUGCUCCAAUUAAUUCACUCAGAUUUAUGUGGCCCGAUGGAGACAAGUUCUAUUGGAGGUGCCAGAUAUUAUGUUACGUUCAUUGAUGAUUAUAGUAGGAAAGUAUCUGUCUAUUUCAUGAAGAGCAAGUCUGAAACUUUAGAUAAGUUUGAAGAAUUUAAAAAUUUAGUAGAAAAUGAAACCAAUAAGAAAAUAAAGACGUUACGCACAGAUAAGGGAAAAGAAUAUGUAAACAAGGAUUUUAAAUUGUUUUUAUGUAAAUCUGGCACAUUAAGAGAGAGAGCUAGAUGCCUAAUUUUGAGUUCCAGAUUACAGAAAAUAUUUUGGGCUGAGGCGGUCUCAACACCGGCAUAUAUAACAAAUCGUUCACCAACAAAAGCUUUGGACUACAAGACGCCAUAUGAAUUGUGGACAGGUAAAAGACCAAACAUAAAUAACAUGAAAAUAAUUGGUUGUCACGCAAUGGUUCAUGUACCAAAAGAAAGUAGACGAAAAUGGGACUCGAAAGCUACUAAGAUGAUAUUUGUGGGUUUUUGCGAAUAUACUAAAGGCUACAGAUUGUAUGAUGAGAGUAAAAUACAAAUAUACAAGAUUUAUUUUCUAUUUUUAUUUUAUAUCACACGAUGCACCCUGUGCAAAGUGUUUCUCUAUUUCUUAUCAUUCCGUACUUAAAUUAUUCGCUUUAACUAUUGUACUAUUCUUGUAAGUUCUUUCUUCUCCUUUGGAUCGCCACAAUAAACGGACGUGUUUUAAGUUUA